GCUUGCCUGGAGCAGCGAAGGCGGUCUCGCGGGUUCAGGCUGCCGCUUCCUUCGUCGUGAGCCGAGUGAGCAGGAUGGACGUGCUAGCGGAGGAGUUUGGGAAGCUGACGCCGGAGCAGCUGGCGGCCCCGAUCCAGACGGUGGAGGAAAAAUGGAGGCUGCUUCCAGCGUUUUUGAAGGUGAAAGGCCUUGUGAAACAGCAUAUAGAUUCAUUUAACUAUUUCAUUAAUGUAGAGAUAAAGAAGAUCAUGAAAGCAAACGAAAAGGUUACAAGUGAUGCUGACCCAAUGUGGUAUUUAAAGUAUCUAAACAUCUAUGUCGGGCUUCCUGAUGUUGAAGAAAGCUUCAAUGUAACGAGACCAGUGUCCCCUCACGAGUGCCGUUUGAGGGACAUGACGUAUUCUGCCCCCAUCACAGUGGACAUUGAAUAUACCCGAGGCAGCCAGAGGAUCAUCCGCAAUGCCCUACCCAUUGGCAGAAUGCCCAUAAUGCUACGCAGUUCAAACUGUGUUCUUACGGGAAAAACACCAGCAGAAUUUGCCAAAUUGAAUGAAUGCCCUUUAGAUCCAGGUGGUUACUUCAUUGUCAAAGGAGUAGAGAAAGUUAUUCUCAUCCAGGAGCAGCUGUCUAAGAACAGGAUCAUUGUGGAAGCUGACCGGAAAGGUGCGGUUGGUGCUUCAGUGACCAGCUCGACGCACGAGAAGAAAAGCAGGACCAACAUGGCUGUGAAGCAAGGACGGUUUUACCUGAGGCACAAUACUCUGUCGGAAGACAUACCCAUUGUGAUCAUUUUCAAGGCCAUGGGUGUGGAGAGUGACCAGGAAAUCGUGCAGAUGAUUGGCACGGAGGAGCACGUGAUGGCUGCCUUUGGGCCCAGCCUGGAGGAGUGCCAGAAAGCUCAGAUUUUCACACAGAUGCAGGCAUUGAAAUACAUAGGGAACAAAGUGAGAAGGCAAAGGAUGUGGGGCGGUGGACCAAAGAAAACCAAAAUAGAGGAAGCAAGAGAGCUCCUGGCUUCGACCAUUCUGACCCAUGUGCCUGUUAAGGAAUUUAACUUCCGAGCCAAGUGUAUCUACACCGCAGUGAUGGUGCGCAGAGUGAUCCUUGCCCAAGGAGAUAAUAAAGUUGAUGACAGAGACUAUUAUGGCAACAAACGGUUGGAAUUGGCAGGACAGCUUUUAUCUCUUCUUUUUGAAGAUUUAUUCAAAAAAUUUAAUUCUGAAAUGAAGAAGAUUGCAGACCAGGUGAUUCCUAAGCAAAGAGCAGCCCAGUUUGAUGUUGUGAAGCACAUGCGUCAAGACCAGAUCACCAACGGCAUGGUGAACGCCAUCUCCACCGGAAAUUGGUCUCUGAAGAGAUUCAAAAUGGACCGCCAAGGGGUGACUCAGGUGCUGUCUCGGUUGUCAUACAUAUCUGCGCUGGGCAUGAUGACAAGAAUCUCUUCCCAGUUUGAAAAAACAAGGAAAGUGAGUGGGCCGCGAUCCCUCCAGCCAUCUCAGUGGGGCAUGCUCUGCCCUUCGGAUACUCCUGAGGGAGAGGCUUGUGGUUUGGUUAAAAACUUGGCCUUGAUGACACACAUCACAACUGACAUGGAAGACGGGCCCAUUGUUAAAUUAGCCAGCAACCUGGGAGUAGAAGAUGUCAAUUUAUUGUGCGGAGAAGAGCUCUCUUACCCAAACGUCUUCCUUGUCUUCCUCAAUGGCAACAUCCUGGGUGUCAUUCGAGACCACAAGAAGCUGGUGAAUACAUUCCGACUAAUGCGGAGAGCCGGUUAUAUCAAUGAAUUUGUGUCCAUCUCAACCAACCGUACAGAUCGAUGUGUGUACAUCUCCUCGGAUGGAGGGAGGCUCUGCAGACCCUACAUAAUUGUUAAGAAACAGAAGCCCGCGGUAACAAACAAGCACAUGGAAGAACUGGCUCAGGGGUACAGGAAUUUUGAAGACUUCUUACAUGAGAGCCUGGUUGAAUACUUAGAUGUAAAUGAAGAAAAUGACUGCAACAUCGCCCUCUAUGAACAUACAAUUACUAAAGAUACCACCCAUUUGGAGAUUGAACCCUUUACUCUUCUUGGCGUGUGUGCUGGCCUGAUCCCGUACCCUCAUCAUAACCAGUCCCCAAGAAACACCUAUCAGUGUGCCAUGGGGAAGCAAGCAAUGGGCACCAUUGGCUACAACCAGCGGAACAGGAUCGAUACCCUCAUGUAUCUAUUAGCCUACCCUCAGAAACCCAUGGUUAAGACCAAAACCAUUGAGCUGAUAGAAUUUGAGAAGCUGCCAGCCGGACAGAAUGCCACGGUUGCGGUGAUGAGUUACAGUGGCUAUGACAUUGAAGACGCUCUUGUGCUAAACAAGGCCUCCUUGGACAGAGGCUUUGGGCGCUGCCUUGUGUAUAAGAAUGCUAAAUGUACUCUGAAACGCUACACCAAUCAAACGUUUGAUAAAGUGAUGGGGCCCAUGCUGGAUGCCGCUACAAGGAAACCCAUCUGGCGACAUGAAAUUUUAGAUGCAGAUGGCAUUUGUUCUCCAGGUGAGAAAGUGGAAAACAAGCAAGUGCUUGUAAACAAGUCCAUGCCCACGGUGACUCAGAUCCCUCUGGAGGGAAGUAAUGUGUCCCAGCAACCUCAGUACAAAGAUGUGCCCAUCACCUACAAAGGGGCGACGGAUUCCUACAUCGAGAAGGUGAUGAUCUCGUCCAACGCCGAGGACGCCUUUCUGAUCAAAAUGCUGCUGAGGCAGACCAGGCGGCCCGAGAUUGGGGACAAAUUCAGUAGUCGUCACGGGCAGAAAGGGGUCUGUGGCCUGAUUGUCCCCCAAGAAGACAUGCCCUUUUGUGACUCUGGCAUCUGUCCGGACAUCAUCAUGAACCCUCACGGCUUCCCAUCACGCAUGACGGUGGGGAAGUUGAUUGAGCUGCUGGCAGGCAAGGCUGGCGUGUUGGACGGCCGGUUCCACUAUGGCACUGCAUUUGGGGGCAGUAAGGUGAAGGACGUGUGUGAAGACCUCGUCCGACAUGGCUACAAUUACCUGGGGAAAGACUACGUGACGUCUGGCAUCACAGGUGAGCCUUUAGAAGCGUAUAUCUACUUCGGCCCCGUGUACUAUCAGAAGCUGAAGCACAUGGUACUGGACAAGAUGCAUGCUCGAGCCCGCGGUCCACGAGCUGUCCUCACCAGGCAGCCCACUGAAGGUCGAUCUCGUGAUGGCGGCCUGCGUCUUGGAGAAAUGGAACGUGACUGUUUAAUCGGUUACGGAGCCAGCAUGCUCUUGCUGGAGAGACUCAUGAUUUCAAGCGAUGCCUUUGAGGUCGAUGUCUGUGGGCAGUGUGGACUUCUGGGGUAUUCCGGCUGGUGCCAUUACUGCAAGUCAUCCUGCCACGUGUCCUCCCUGCGCAUCCCCUAUGCCUGCAAGCUGCUCUUCCAGGAGCUGCAGUCCAUGAACAUCAUCCCCAGGCUAAAGCUAUCCAAGUACAAUGAGUAGCGGUGGAAGGCGCGCCUCUGGAAAGGAGGCCAUCGGUGUGCCCAUCUCUGCGGAGCUCCCGCUCCUGUGAAUAGUCCCGGGGUCCCGGAGGGGCGGAUCACACAGCCCAGAAGAUGAGAAGGUCCACGAUGCUGAGCCCUGGCCACUCGAGAGACGACAGCCGUGGGGGCCCUGCCGCAGCCAGCCUGACUCACGACAGAAAGGGCCAGAAAGACAAAUAAACUUGUUUUAUGCUCCCA